AUGCGAGUUGUUAUCGUCGCAACGCCGAGGCACCUGUUGAAAGCCUCGGCGGGCUAUAUUACAUGUCAGCAUUUCCAUUUCAAACCACCUGUCGUCAUCAUCAUCAAACUAAUACUAUCCGACUUCAUCAACACCAUCACCAUCACCAUCACCGUACCCAUCUCCGCAUCCAUCAAUUCCGAAUCCCCACCUCCUACACCCCCCCAUCACCGCCGCUCAAGUAUCUCUAGCUCCCGAACACCUCAAACACCUUCCCCCACCGCCCCCUCCCUGCCCUCUCCUCAACCCACACCAACACAAAUGCACCACUUCCUCGCACUCCCCCUCCUCCACCUCCAAUCCCGCCGCCUGCGCCGGCGCCUCAAAAGGCUACAGCGAAAGCUCUCCCGGCUCGAUGAGAAGAUCAGCGAAUACAGCAGCCACCCGAGCAACGACGAGCCGAACGUAGUGAUGGGCAUCGCGAUGUAUGAGAGCAGAGCAGAGUUAGAAUGGAGGAUCAACGAUGCGCGGGAGGACCUGAAUAUUGUGCGCAGUCGCAUUAUGACAGUGGAGAGUGAGAGGGUGCGGAAGAGGGACGGUAGGUGGCUGGCGAGAUGA